CGACACGUAGACCGUGUUGACGUCACUGACGUGCUUCGUCAUCAGAACCAUGGCGGACUGUGUGGAGGCGGAAGCUCUUCAGGGCAGCUGGGACCAGGAUCUGAUGGAGGCUCUGGACUCGGGCUCUGACAUGGAGACGGAGAGAGGGAUCCUCCAGGAGAGAGGGAUCCUCCAGGAGAGAGGGAUCCUCCAGGAGAGAGGGAUCCUCCAGGAGAGCUCGGCCCAGCACAGAGCCAAGAUGUGGAAGAUCGCUCUGAAUGUCUCAGGGAAAGGAGACAGUCUGUCUCCGUGGGAUGGAGUCCUGGAUCUCCCCGAGCAAAACCUGAUCCACGCCAGCAGCCAGCAGCUCAUUGACCAGCUGAAGGUGUGUGAGGAGGACAGCAGAGACAUGGUGUGUGACGUGGAGGCGGUCAUCACGUUCUACUGUAAGUCCAGGAACCUUCAGUUCUCUGUGGAUCUGAGCUGGCCUCCGCUGCUGAAGCCUCUGCUCGCUCUGCAGCUGCCGCGCAGCGACCUCUACAACUGCUUCUACGCCGUCAUGAACAAGUACAUCCCCAGGGAGUGCGUAGCGAGCGGCCGGCCGUUCCACCUCUACCGGCUGCUGCUGCAGUACCACGAGCCAGAGCUUUGCAGCUUCCUGGACACCAAGAAGAUCACACCCGACUCCUACGCCAUCACAUGGAUGGGCAGUCUGUUCUCCAGCCACUGCCCCCCCGACGUCACCCAGGCCUUCUGGGACUGCUACCUCCGACAGGCCGACCCCUUCCUCAUCUUCUUCCUCAUGCUCAUCAUCCUCGUCAACGCUAAAGAGGCCAUCCUGACCCAGGAGGGAGACAGCAGAGAGGACAUCAUCA